CCAAAAAAUACUUUUAACUGUUGGGCUGUGGUUUUACUGUUUCUGCAUUUCCGAAUUACUGACUGAAGAGCGUCAAAGAUGGACAUGCUGUGUCUUAUUGGUUUGAUAUAUUUGUUUGGACAAAGCAAUGGAAACUUUGUAAUGAUGUAUAAAGAGAAAGAGGAAGUGAUCUCAUUGUCAUGUAAAAGAGAUGGCUGGCAAAUGGACUUGGACCAAGACAACACAAUUGAUUGUUACAGCAAUGCUACCGAAAAGAUUUUAGAAUGUGAGAAUGGCUCAUUUAAACAUAAGAAAGUCACUAGUGGAUUCUUUGCAUGUGUUGAUUUAAGUGCUGAGGCACAAACUGCACAAUGGCUUUUUCCUUUCAAACCAAAAGACCAGGUGGAUUUCUACAUUGUGGCUCUUAUUGAACCAAACUUAACAUCUGCUGGGACAAUUACAAAUUCUGUUUCCAAAAUAACUGGAGAGACAGUCCACCUGCCCUGUAAUGUCACCAGUCCUGUGAAACAGUCAUACAAUGUGUUCUGGAUCAAGACCAGUAGAGAAAGAAACUCCUCAUGUCUUCAUUCUUAUUCAUUUGAUACUGAUCGUGGGGAACUUUAUGACUUCCACUGUCUCAUUGAUGAGAACCUUCGUCAAAGACUGUCAAAUACUUCAUCCGUACCAUUGCAGUCUCAAAAUGUUCAUCAUCUUACAAUCGGAAAUGUCACACUUGCUGACAGUGGACAGUAUGAGUGUGUCUUGCAGGUGGUUAAGAAGUGGAAGGUGAUAACUAACAUCACAGUGACUGUGGAUGUGAAGGACAUCAUACAAACAUCAGGUGAAACUCCACUGGCAGAUUCAACUCCAAUAUUGAAUACAUCAGAUGAGAACCGUCUCAUUGAUGGGAACCAUCUCACUGUACUCUAUGUGAUGAGUGCCCUGGUUCUUUUCUGCCUUUUCAUAACUGCCAUUGUCAUUCUUGUAAGGAAAACAGAAUGGUUAUCAAAGGGAUCUCAAAGUAUAGAGAUAAAAAGAGACCAAAAUGGAGAAGACAGUCUCAACUCAGAAUGCUCACCAUACGAGGUGGGAUGGAGAGAUGAAGAGAUCUACUCACUUGCAAAUCUGCCUGAAGCAAGAGAUACCUUUGUUUCUGCACAGAGUGAGGAUAAAGAAGCUGUAGAACUGAACCCCAUAAUGGUCAACAACAAUUUAUAUGAAGCUUCAACCCAAAUGGACACUGAGACAACCUCAGGACUGGAGCCACAGUAUGAGUCAGUAACUUAACUAAAAGAGAGGCACGUUACACUGAAUGUUUGCACAUAUGUUUUGCUCACUCAUAAUAAUACCACAAUACAAGGGUACUUAAUGGACGAUCCAAGUGAUCAGUUCGGAAUAGUAAAAAAGCUUAUAGAAGCUACAAUACUGCUAGAUCUAAUAGUCUGUGUUUUGUUUGUGCUUGCAUGUACUGUUUUAAUUGUUAAAAAUGUUACGGAACAAAUAAUUUGCUAUAAAGUGACUUUCAAAGUCAACUUUUUUCUGGCAGUGGGGAUGCAGCUACGACUUAGUGUUAUGUCGAUUUUCUGUAUUGUACAGUAAGAGAGAAAAAAUUGUUUUCUUUGUUAUUGUAAAUAUCUGUGUCUUUUGUUCCUGCAUCCUUGUUCUGUGAAUUAUAAAUAAAUUGCUAAUAAGUUGCUCAAAUGUAU